GUGUUCACAUCUCCAUGCAAUUCUUCACAUAUUUAUCGUGAUUUUAAUAUUUUCGUGAGUGCUCGUGGGGUCAAUUGAUCAAUCAACUUGUGGAAUUCGUCCUCGGGCCCUAGUUUUAUUAUUCUCGUUGUGAUUCUGGAGUUGUUCUGGGGGGAGUGAGUGCACAUCAAGUCUCGAAGAAUUUUUGUUUAUGUGGGUGAUUGAGAAUGGUGGGAUUCAUGUGCAAUUCACGUGACUUGUGGGAUUUACUGGCGGCUGUUGGGGGUGGACAGCACCGGGGAUUUCGAAAAUUCGAGUUCGCCAAUAGUAAUGGAUGAGAAGGAUGACUCGGCGACAUUCUUGAGCAUGAUGUUGCUGAACUAGGCUGAUCAGAACAGAACAGAACGUCUUUUGUGCGAAAAUCUAUGACAUGGAAUUGAUAAUCCGUUACUUAGAGCCUUGUCAUCUGCGAGCGUAUUCGUACAGAGGAGAGGGCAACGCCAAUCUUGUCAUAUCCCUGCCAUUGGCAAGGAGCAUCCUACGCUUUCGCAAAAUCGAGCUGACGGAGGAGGCGCCGAUCGAUGGAGUAGAGACGAGGGUAUUAUUCGAAUGGAGGUUCUUCAUGAAGUUCGUUUCGAAAUUUAUGGGAAGGUUCGUUACUCCCCCCGAGGUGAUACAGUGCCAUCCAAGGGAUUUUGCAGAUUGGGAUGAGAGAGUUGAAAUUCUGCGUCCAGUUCACCGAAAGCAUAAAAAUUCAUACAACGAAUUCGCCAUAAAGCUACCAGACUACGCCAAACUUAGUGACCACCUUGACGUAGACGCAAGGAAGCCAACAUUCUGCAUUGAGAUCAAGCCGAAACAAGGCUUCAUGCCAGAAUCAGAAAGACAGACAGAGCGUUGCCCAUACUGCAUCAAACAAUUCCACAAGAUAUCCAAGCGAGCUGUGAAUAAACGAAGCAGGUAUUGUCCUUGCGAUCUCUUCUCAGGGGAUAAAACUCGAGUGCACCACGCCAUUGCUGCUCUCAUUGAAUCCCCCCAGAAUAAUUUGAUAAUAUUCAGAGAAGGAGAGGUCGUUUGGGGUGAAGGACAUCCCUGUGAUAAUUUAGAUAAGGUCUUGAACGAGUGGCUCAACAAUGGAUCUCAAAAAGACAGUCAACAAUUGUUGAAUGAAUUAUAUGAGCUGAUAGCAGAGGCUAUGUAUCGAGAAUUUCCUCUCGAUGAAAAAUCGAGCGGCUCAGGUAUAAAAUCCGAUGAUAUCAUCGCAAUGUCACGUGUGGAUGUGAAUCAUUCAACGUCUGGUGGCAUUCAAGGAGCAAAAGAAAAGAUCUGUAAUUUCCCAGACGGAAAUUUACCUGAGGGUUCUAUUCUCGGCUGUCUCUUUCGAAUGCAACAACUACACAGUUCCAGUGCUGACCACGUAUACAGAAUUUAUUCACAACAUUCAACACACCUCAAUGAGGAAAUCGUUUAUUUCUCAGAGUCAUGUGAAUACAAAUCCGGAGAGAAUAGCAUUGACUUCAGUGAUAUUUUAAUCUUACGAAAUUAUUUGCUAUUCACUACUGCCAGGGAUUGCUCGGUGCUGCUCACCUUUCGCGAAGUUGAUCCACGAGUGGCGUUCGAGGUUCCACGAGAGCACGUCAUCACUGGCGUUGAUCAGACGUUUGUUUUUAACAUUGGGCUCACGGAUUUAGAUCCCAAGCCCUUGAAUCGUAUUGACAGACAUCGUCGACGUGCAAUUAAGGAAGAGAUCUGUGUUUUAUCUAUUCAUCUGUGAAAAUGACACGCCAUGGGAAGACCUUAGAACACACUGAGGGAAACGUGAUCAUAAACAUGUCUUGUUUGAACCAAAAAUCGCUAGAUCUCAAGCAGGGAUGGCCAUCAAUAUUAAAUUUCUUUAAUAUUAAAAGGU